AUGAACCGCCUCUUCGGCAGCAAAGCGGCGAAGCCCAAGCCCUCCCUCACAGACGCUAUUGCCUCGACCGAAACACGCGCCGACUCGGUCGAGGUCAAAAUCCGCAAGCUCGACUCAGAACUCACUCGCUAUCGGGAUCAGAUGCGCAAGAUGCGCGAUGGACCUGGCAAGACGGCGAUCCAACAACGUGCCCUUCGCGUCCUCAAACAAAAGCGACUCUACGAAAACCAGCUUGCCCAACUCCAACAACAAUCGUACAACAUGGAACAGGCGACCAUGACGACGGAGAAUCUGCGCAAUACCAUGGCCACGUUCGAUGCCAUGCAAACCGCCAACAAGGAGAUGCGCAAGACAUACGGCAAGAUCGAUCUGGACAAGAUCGAAAGUAUGCAGGAUGAGAUGGAGGAUCUGAUCGAAGCGGCGAACGAGGUGCAAGAGACCUUGGGGAGGAGUUACGGCGUACCGGAUGAGGUAGAUGAGGAAGAUUUGCAGGCGGAACUGGAUGCGUUGGAGGCAGAGGGCGGGUGGGAGGAGGAGGGCGAGAGUGUACCGAGCUAUUUGCAGAGCAAUACCGAGCUGCCCGACUUUGUGGAUGAACUGCCCACGGACGGGUCGGCCGAGGAGAACAAGGUCGAGGCGAUGCGCGCUGCGUAA